AUGACUUUUUCCUUGAAAGUCAUUGGACCAGCCAACUUCCCUCAUCUUUUCCAGGGCGCGUCUUCCAAAGGGUGGUCCAUGCACGUCCCAUCGGAGGUCGUGGGUGAGGUGGGCAAGUCCGUGGCCCUGCCCUGCACGUUCACGCAUCCCCACAAGAUGUACGACAAGGCCCUGACCACCAUUUGGCGCGUGAGGGAGCCGUUCGACGGGUCGGUGGUGUUCAAGUGCAUCACCCAAAGCUCAAGUGAUAUCUGCAGGGUUACGGUUGGCUUGAAGAACCGGUACAAGCUCCUGGGCAACCCGAGACAGAACAACCUCUCGCUCCAAAUCGAGAACCUGAACUGGAAUGACACCAACCGCUACUUCUGCCGGGUUGAGUUCUCGGGAGACAUCCAUGACAAGUACGAGAGCCGGUUGGGGAUCCAUCUUCGCCUCGUAGCUGCUCCCAGGAUUAUAAAUAUCUCUGUCCAAGCUGGGCAGGACCAUGACCUCCGUGCCAAGUGCACGGCCGAAGGUGAGCCGCUGCCCACGCUGAUGUGGGCUGGUCCCCUGUCUGGAAAUGCCACCUCAGUGUCCAGCACAGGCCACCAGAUCACCAAGGAGCUUCAGCACCUGUCUCAUGAUGGGAAAUACACCUGUGUGGCCACCAACAGCCACGGCAGAGCAGAGGGCACAGUCUACUUCUACAAGUUCAAAGCUGGAAGUGGGUCCUGGAUCAUGAUUCUCUUGUACGUAGCUUUGGGGAUCAAGUUCAUGGCCCUACUGGUGAUCUUAGGGAUUGGGGCCUUCUGCAAGGGAGGUAGGUAUCGCUCGUUUAAUUGCCUGUGA